CCUCCACAGAUUAAAGAGGAACAGGAGGAACUCUGUAGCAGUCAGGAGGGAGAGCAGCUUGGACUGAAGCAGGAGACCAAUCCCUUUAUGUUGACUCCUACUUAUGAGGAUAAUGACCACAGUGAAGCAGAACCAACCAGUGACCAGCAGCACCUCUGUCACAGCUCUGCUGUAGCUGAGAACCAGGGUCAGGAAGGAAGCCAGCAUAGAGACUCAGGAUCAGCUAGUAAUGCAGAGCCAAAGCCAAAGAGGAGACGUCACAAAGACACAAGUCACAGUAGCAAUGUAGACACCUCUCCCCUGUCAGAGACUCAGUGUGAUCCUUCCACAGAUAGAAAGUCCUUCAAAUGUGACACCUGUGGAAAAGUUUUUAAGACUAAGUUCUGUUUGAAUAGACAUCUGAGAGUCCACACAGGUGAGAGGCCGUAUGUUUGCAGCACCUGUUGGAGAGGAUUCAAGCAGUCAUCACAUUUGAAAUCUCAUUUAAGAUCCCACACAGGUGAGAAGCCGUAUUCUUGUAAAAGACGUGGAAACUCUUACAGGGAAUGGCAGAACUUGUUGAUCCACAUGAGAACCCUCUCAGCUGAGAGGCCACAUGUUUGCAACACUUGUGGCAAACGAUUCAAGCGGUCAUCAUAUAUGGGUGUUCAUUUACGAACCCACACAGGUGAGAGGCCGUAUGUUUGCAAGACCUGUGGGAAAAGAUUCACACAGUCAUCAUCUUUGAAUGUUCAUUUAAAAAUCCACACAGGGGAGAAGCUGCAUUCUUGUAAAACAUGUGGGAAGUCUUGCAAGCAACGGCGGGAAUUGUUGAUCCACAUGAGAACCCACACAGGUGAGAGACCAUAUAUUUGCAAGACAUGUGGGAAAGGAUUCACGGUAUCCUCGAACUUAGAUGUUCAUUUACGAACCCACACUGGGGAGAGGCCAUAUGUUUGCAACACCUGUGGGAAAGGAUUCAUGACGUCCUCAAGUUUGCAUGUUCAUUUACGAACCCACACUGGGGAGACGCCGUACUCUUGUAAAGCAUGUGGGAAGUCUUACAGGCAUCGUAAGAGCUUGUUGAUCCACAUGAGAUCCCACACAGAGCUGCCACAGCAGCAUGCCUGUAAGGAGGAGGAGGUUCUGGCUGACCAGCAGCUCUGGAACCAGGAGAGGAACUCCAGUCUGGACCAAGAGGACCCAGAGCCUCCACAGAUUAAACAGGAACAGGAGGAACUCUGCAGCAGUCAGGAGGGAGAGCAGCUUGGACUGAAGCAGGAGACCGAUCCCUUUGUGUUGACUCCUACUUAUGAGGAUAAUGACCACAGUGAAUGAGGAUAAUGACCACAGUGAAGCAGAACCAACCAGUGACCAGCAGCACCUCUGUCACAGCUCUGCUGUAGCUGAGAACCAGGGUCAGGAAGGAAGCCAGCAUAGAGACUCAGGAUCAGCUAGUAAUGCAGAGCCAAAGCCAAAGAGGAGACGUCACAAAGACACAAGUCACAGUAGCAAUGUAGACACCUCUCCCCUGUCAGAGACUGACUCUGAUCCUUCCACAGAUAGAAAGUCUUUA